AAACCCACACCUCUCUCCCCUCCCAUCUCUCUUCUUUUUCUCUUCACCAUUCCUUCCUUCACCUAAUCUCUCUCCUCCUCAUGUGUACAAAUUCGGAGGGAGAUCUCAGUUUUCCGAUUUAUUCAUCGUCAUGGCCUUUGAACGUAAUGAAUCAAUCCAAAAAAAGUUCUGUGAUGCACCUGCUGGAUGCCUCCUAAAUAAGGCACAUCCAGUGUGUCUGGAGUAUAAAGAUGAGUCAAGCAGCCUUUUAGGAGGUGCUACAAUGGAAUAUGAGAGGUCUUUUAGCAAUGCAUAUUUUGCACCUCCAAAUGAAGCUUAUCGUAGACCAGUGAUCCAACCAGAUUAUAACCUUUGGUCUGGCUUCCAUCCUAACAUACAAAAGGCACAGCAGAACCACUUUCAUGGAUAUCAAAACCAGUUCUAUUCUGUGAAUCCUGAAUUUUAUUUUCCUAUAGAUAAUCGAUUUCAAUAUGCACACUUCAGGAUGUCACCCCAAGUUUACAGGUCGGAUUUUCCAUUCCAAGAGUUUCAAUAUUUUGUUGUCAUCGACUUUGAAGCCACCUGUGACAGAGAGAGGAUUCCUCACCCCCAGGAGAUCAUUGAGUUUCCCUCUGUAUUGGUAAACAGUAUGACUGGCCAAGUUGAAGAUUUUUUUCAAAUAUAUGUGCGCCCUACAUAUAACCAACUCCUUAGUGAUUUCUGCAAGCAGCUCACUGGUAUCCAGCAAACCCAGGUGGACAAGGGUGUGCUUCUAAGUGAAGCUUUACUUAGGCAUGAUAGAUGGCUUGAAGAAAAGGGGAUUAAACAAACCAACUUUGCCAUAGUGACAUGGUCAAACUGGGAUUGCCGGGUAAUGUUGGAAUCUGAGUGCCGAUUUAAGAGGAUCCGAAAGCCACCUUACUUCAACAGAUGGAUCAAUCUGAAGGUCCCAUUCCAUGAGGUAUAUGGUGGGGUCAAGUGCAACUUAAAAGGAGCUGUUGAGAUGGCUGGCCUUACAUGGGAAGGACGUGCCCAUUGUGGCCUGGAUGAUGCUAAGAAUACUGCCCGCCUCCUUGCCCAUCUGAUGCACCGUGGCUUUCGGCUUUCCAUAACCAAUUCUUUGUUGCGGCAGUCAGCAGAUCAUCCAUUGACAAUGCAGCAGUUUCUUGAUCGUCAAUCUAGCUCAAUCCAGCACCCUCACAAAGUGAGGCACCAAGUAAUGCCUUUAAUCCAAUUUCAUGGACUCCCAGCUGAGUUCACCAAAGAGCAACGUGAGUACUGCUAUUGUGGGGUUAAAAGCUGCAAGCAGAUGAUCCGCAAACCUGGGCCAAAGUAUGGGAGUUACUUCUUUGGGUGUGGCAAUUGGACUGCCACUAGAGGUGCUCUCUGCCCUUAUUUUGAAUGGGCUACCCCUUGACUUGAAUAUUAUGAUUCUUAUCCUUUCUAGUCCUGAGACAAAAAAAAAAAUUAUAUCCUGAAAAGAAAAAAAGAAAUGAGGGUUUAGAAAGAUGUGGCUCUAAGCACACAUCAUAGUCUUGAGUUAUGUCUCUCCCUUGCUAGAUGUCUAACUGAGACAAAAGAGGGAAGAAACAUAGGCAGGCUUUCAUGGGGUGGGACACUGCUUUGCCCGUGCUUGGACAUGGUAUCUACCAUCUCAAAUAAUCUGUGAAUAAGGACCUAUUAUCAUG